GGAAUGGUCUAGCGUGAGAGACUUGCAAGAACAACUGGCUGUCGGAGAACAUGGAGGUUUUGGAAGCCAAGGCGGAAAGCAGCGGCAUCACACAGUCACUGUUGGUUCGAGUGGUAGAGUUGGAGGAUGAAAACAGAAAGUUGAAGAACGAGGUGGCCAUUCUUCACUCGUCCUAUCAGUCAGCGCAAUCAAAGAACAGAUUGCUACAGGCCAAGCUGCUCGAGCUUCAGGCCAGGUUGGAUUUCGCGUCGAAGAUGAGGAAUGGUCCUGUUUCAAGGUUCCGCUCUCCUUUUGUGACAGGAGGUAACGGAAGCCUGAGCUACCGCUUCGAGAGACCUCCCGCUACCAGCCGACCCAGCACAGCCAGAUCACACGUGGAGGACAAGAACGCGAUGAGGUCAAGUGCUGUAGGGCUGGCAACACCGAGGGACAGACCCUUGAGUGGUACACCAAGGACAGAGCCCGUGACUCGGAAGGAGAAGAAGAACAAGGCUCUCCGGCCAAGCGGACAACAGGAAGGAGCAUCGUCUAGUCAUCCACUUCAGCAGAAGAGGAGGAGGAGUCGAACCAUGGAUGGUUUGAAGAUAUUGGAGGACGACAUCAGGAGCGGGAGCUUCACGAGGUCGUCGACCAUAACGAUAGAAGUCGCUUACUUUGCUCAGUCAUCUCCGGUUGGCAAGGCCGUCGAUGUAGACCAGCAAGAGCUCUUCGCCGAGCAUGUCGAGCAAAUCCGCGGAGCUGUGGAGAUUGCGCUGAAAGGAUGGGACGUGCAAGUUAUCGUCAACGAUGGGAAGGAGGCGGGGUCCGAGGGGUCAAGUCGCAAGCUCGAUGCCGGUUGUUUCGAGCUCUGGCUCAAGUGGCAAUGCCCGGUCCUUCGCUCUGUGCUGCUCUACAGGAGAGGCAACUCUUCGGAUGCCAUGCCCGACAUCUUCACGCUCUUCUCCGAGAUCCUGCAGGUGUUGGAGACUCCGUUGGAGGAAUGCGCUGAGCAGCCAGACGAGGGAGAGGAGAGGAAGGAGAAGGGGAAGGAGAAGGAGGCAGACAAAGCGGAGGACAACGAGGGGGGGAACGUGAAUGCGGAUGGCGAGCUCAAGUCGCAGGAUCUCUGA